AGAGAGAGAGAGAGAGAUUUUGUGUGUGAGGGAGGGAGGUUAGAGAGAGAAGGUGAAGAAAAAGCAGAGAAUAAAAAGAGACCGGAUGUUGACAAAUUUGUUGUCACUGUUCUUAGAAGGUCGUUUUUUGUGUGUGAAGAUUUCUUAUCUGGGAUCUCUCUCUCUCUCUCUCUCUCUCUAAAAUAAAAAAUUACUACUUCUUAAAUUAUAUACAGUUGCAAUAAAACAUUUCUUCCUCCCAUUCUCUCUCUAAAACUUGCUAAUUAUUUUUCCUGGCUAGAGAGAGAGAGAGAGUCACAGCAGAUCGAAAUCUCCAAUCUCUCAUUCUUAAUCAUUUGGAGAUACUGUUUCGUAAUUCAAUCCAUCAGCGUCUUCUUCGACAAGAAGCGGUUUCCCGAUGUGGGUCUGAGGGAUGGGAACAAAAGUACAUUGCAAAAGCUACCUUCCCGAUAAUUACUUAAUGAGGGAUCUUAACGAAGAUUCCAGCAGUAGCAGUUGGCCGUUACCUUACCUCGAUAAAACGACGACAAACGGCCAAUAUUACAGUCCUUUCGUUCCGAAACCUAUAAAUAUCGAUAAUUAUCCAGUGCAUGGCAAAGAUGCAUUGAAGCAGAAGAUGCUCGAACACGAAGCCGUUUUCAAGAACCAGGUUUACGAGCUCCACCGCCUCUAUAGAAUACAACGGGACAUGAUGGAAGAAGUGAAAAGAAAAGAACGGAACGGGUUUCGAGCUUCGAUGGAGCCAUCUUCUUCGUCUAGCCUCAGAGUAUCUCAAUUGCCAUUAGAAGAUGCUCGAAAAUGGCACGUCAAUUCUCCUAUGAGUUGUACGAAAGCGUACAACAUCACCAAGCCCGAUCAGUUUCCGUUCAAGAACGGUUCUUCUUCUUUGAAGGAAUCCGAGCCGUUCGAUUCGAGACCUCUGAAAUCGAGGAAGAAACUGUUUGAUCUUCAACUUCCGGCCGAUGAAUACAUCGACACAGAAGAAGACGAAAAAGCACCUGAAAAAAACAGAGUAUCUCAACCUAGGAAGUUGUCCAUUGGUGGACAGGUGAACCACGUUCGACUGGCCGAUCUAAACGAACCCUUUCGGAUUGAAGAAACGAGCGCUCCAUCUUCUGUUGACUUUCUCAACCAUAGUAGAAGUAACCUCAGUUCAGUAACUCACGGUCUUCAACGAGAUAAACUGCCUAUAGCUUCUCCUACUCGAAUACAUCCGACGGGUCGUUUUUGGGAAGAUCCAUUUGUAGCUUCUCGGGCCCCACCUGAUCCAGACCUGUUUUCCAGUUCGACCCGUUUUGCCACUUCGUGGGCCCAAUCCAUCUCAUCGUGGGCGAAGCCCACGAGUAGUCAAAAGAUAACCGCAUUGAAUCCGGUUUUUUUGGGAGGUAAAUUAACGGCACCGAACGGAUUUUACCACGGAUCUGCCUCGGGAUCGAAAGAUCUACACGUCAACUGCAGUAGGGUUGAAAAUGUAGCUUCAUCCGACCGCUCGACUAACCAUGGUUUAGGACGUUUUCUUCCAAAGUUCGAUUCCAAGAAUGCAGUGGAUAUUAUUAACUUGAACGAGGUUGCUCCAAAGAGUAAGCACGAAGACCAUCUCUCUGCAUUGCCUUGGCUUAAAUGUAAGCCCGGCCGAGGAACAGUUACGGAUCUUAAUCAACCGUUCACUCCAAAAGUUACGUCGGAUUCGAGCAAUUGUGAGGUGGCAACGAAAAACGAGACUGCAGAAACUCAAAGUGUGAAGAAAAUUCUCGGGUUUCCAAUUUUUGGAGGUGCAUUGAAAAACGAGCAGUCACACAAUAAAGAAAGGAAGAAUAUAAUAAUCGAUAUAAAUGUGGAAUUAUUUGAGGCAGACGAGCAGAUAGCUGUGGAGAAGCCCUCUGUUAGAGACUACAUUGAUUUGAACUCUUGUGUGAGUGACUCGGAAGAUCCUUCGGUACCUUCGUACGAGAGCAAGACCGCUCGUGUUUUGGAUAUUGACUUGGAAGCUCCUUUUCUCAUCGAGAAUGACGAUGACAUCAUCACCCCCUCCAAAGAAGAAACGGUCGGAGCAGAUUUAUCCACGCAGUUCUUGGGAAACGAAAAAGAAUUAUUACGGGACGAAGUUCUUGAAAAUGCAGCCGAAGCAAUACUCGCCAUGUCAUCAUCUUGUCGGAAGGCCCAUCUUCCGGAAGUUUCUUCAGCAGAAUCUUUCCUCUGGUUCGUAGAUGCUGUUUUGUCCUGUCCACAGCAGGAAUAUUCCGAAGAGAUGGAUGAAUUCGAGGCGAUGACAUUGCAGCUGCAAGAAACGAGAGAAGAGGACUACAUGCCAAGACCGUUUGUACACGAAGUGGAGAAAAUCGAAGAAGGAGCAAAUAAUAAUAGUAAUAAUAUUUUACAGACGAGAUCAAGAAGGGGGCAGUCGAGGAGAGGGAGGCAGAGGAGGGAUUUCCAAAGGGAUAUUCUUCCAGGUUUGGCUUCACUCUCGAGGCACGAGGUGACUGAGGAUAUUCAGACGUUUUGCGGGCUGAUGCAAGCCACGGGCCAUCACUGGGUUUCGGGCCUGACAAGGAGAAAAGGGUCGGGUCGGGGCAGGAAACGAGCCGUGGUCGAACCCGUUGUGGAGAUACCGGUUUGUGCUAUUGAGGGCGGUGGUUUGGAGGACAGUAGUUUGACUGGGUGGGGGAAGACAACUAGGCGGCCACGGAGACAGAGGUGCGGUUCCGGGAAUCUUUCUGCUGCUGCUGUCGUGUUGACUUAAUAAUGAAAGAGGAAAUUCGUUAUUUUUACCGGUCUUUUUUUUAUCAACUGACGGUGUAUCGUGGUUAAAAAUUGUCUUUGUAAAUGUCAUUUUUAGCUUAAUUGUAAUUUUUAUGUCUUUGGGGUUAUUACCUAUAUGUAUUGUUUAGGAAUAAUUCACUUGAUUUGAGCUUUUGAUGUAUACAAGUUUUAUAUCACCUUA